AUGGCCCUGCUCAAGGCCGCGCGCGUCGCCGACGUCCCCACCCUCGACGUCGUCGUGCCGGACCACCUCACCGCCGCCGCGCGGGUCCUCGGUACGCGCCGCUGUUCCUUUCGUCCCCGCGUCUCUACUUUUCGGUUGGUCAUCAAUCGGCCGGUAAUAACGCGCGCGCGUGCGACCGCAGACGCGGAGUCGGUGGCGACGAUGAAGAGGCAGCAGCGCGGCGCGGGCCGGCGGUUCGCGGUGAUCGGGCACCGCGGCAAGGGGAUGAACGCGCUGGCGUCGCCGGACCGGCGGCUGCAGGAGGUGAAGGAGAACUCGGUCCGGUCGUUCAACGAGGCGGCGCGCUUCGCCGUCGACUACGUCGAGUUCGACGUCCAGGUCACCAAGGACGUCUGCCCAAUCAUCUUCCAUGACAACUUCAUCAUUACUGAGGAGCAUGGCAAAAUUUCAGAGAAGCGUGUCACUGAUCUUCAGUUGGAAGAUUUCCUCCAGUAUGGCCCACAAAACAAGCAAGGCAAGAAUGGGAAGCCUUUGCUGCGGAAAAUGAAGGACGGCCGGGUGUUGAAUUGGAGCGUUCAGUCAGAUGAUCCUCUUUGCACCCUUCAAGAAGCAUUCGAGAAGGUCAAUCCAAGAUUGGGCUUCAAUGUCGAGCUGAAAUUUGAUGACAAUCUUGUGUACCAAGAUGAGGAGCUCACUCACAUCCUCCAGGCCAUCCUCAAGGUGGUCUUCGAGUGUGCCAAGGAUAGGCCUAUCAUUUUCUCUAGCUUCCAGCCCGAUGCUGCGCAGCUCAUGCGAAAACUACAGAGCACAUACCCUGUGUACUUCUUGACGAACGGAGGGACAGAAGUCUACGCCGACGUGAGGAGGAACUCGUUGGAGGAGGCGGUCAAGCUGUGCCUUGCCACUGGCAUGCAAGGGAUCGUGUCCGAGGCCCGCGCGGUCUUCAGGUUCCCGACUGCCAUACCAAAGAUCAAGGAGGCUGACCUCUCCCUACUAACUUACGGGACACUCAAUAACGUGCCGGAGGCGGUGUACAUGCAGCACCUGAUGGGGGUGAACGGGGUCAUCGUCGACCUCGUGCCGGAGAUCACGGGGGCCGUCUCGGACCUCAUCGCUGUCCCGGAGAUCGACACGGAGAUCAAUGAUCUGAGCAGCCAAGCUGUGAAAGAUGCCGCGUCGACGCCAAAUUUCACGCAGCGGGAGAUUUCAUUCCUACUGAGGCUGAUGCCGGAGCUUGUGCAAUAA